UAAUACACAAAACGGAUAGGAAGAAAAGUCUUCAGCUGGACACGCUUGAGGUGAGAAACAUGUGCCGUAACGUCGUGGAUCUGAGCUGAAGUUUGUGUAUAAAACCUUUAUCAUUCGCUAUGGAGUACAUGCAAGCGCCAGCCUCAAGCAGCCAAGGCAAUAUCCUUUGCUGCACAUGUGGCAUCCCCAUCCCCCCGAACCCAGCCAACAUGUGUGUGUCCUGCCUGAGGACCCAGGUGGACAUCUCCGACGGAAUCCCCAAGCAGGUCUCCGUCCAUUUCUGCAAACAGUGUGAACGGUACCUGCAGCCCCCAGGCACAUGGGUUCAGUGUGCUUUAGAGUCCCGUGAGCUGCUCACGCUCUGUCUAAAGAAAAUAAAGAGCUCAAUGUCAAAGGUGCGACUCGUCGACGCAGGGUUCGUGUGGACGGAGCCGCAUUCUAAAAGGAUCAAGUUGAAGCUCAGCAUUCAGAAAGAGGUCAUGAACGGCGCCAUCCUGCAGCAGGUGUUUGUGGUGGAUUUCAUUAUUCAGUCGCAGAUGUGCGACGACUGCCAUCGGGUGGAAGCCAAGGAUUACUGGAAGGCCGUCGUGCAAGUCAGACAGAAGACGGUCCACAAGAAGACCUUCUAUUACCUGGAACAGUUGAUUCUGAAGCAUAGAGUGCACCAGAACACACUUCGCAUCAAGGAAAUCCACGACGGCAUAGAUUUCUACUACGGCUCCAAGCAGCACGCACAAAAGAUGGUGGAUUUCUUGCAGUGUGUGGUUCCAUGCAGAUCAAAGUCCUCGCAGCGUCUCAUCUCUCACGACGUUCACUCGAACUCCUACAACUACAAAAGCACCUUCUCUGUAGAGAUCGUGCCCAUCUGUAAGGACAAUGUGGUGUGUCUGUCUCCACGUCUGGCCCAGAGCAUGGGAAACCUCGGCCAGGUGUGUGUGUGCGUCCAGGUGACCAGCACGGUGCACCUCAUUGACCCAAACACUCUGCAGGUCGCAGAGAUAGACGCGAACACGUACUGGCGUCACCCAUUUAACAGCCUCCUGAACCCGCGCCAGCUGGAGGAGUUUAUUGUCAUGGACAUCGACAUCAUCAGGGACCAGCGAUUAGGAGCAGGAGCUGGACUGAGAUCUAACAAGCACACCUUGGCUGAAGUGUGGGUUCAGAAGACCAGUGAGAUGAACACCAGUCAGCAGUAUCACUGUCGCACCCAUCUGGGCCACCUGCUCAACAUCGGAGACCUGGUGCUGGGUUACGACUUCGCCAACUCGAACCUCAACGACGAGUUUCUGAACAAGAUGAAUCCUCACCAUGUGCCUGAUGUGGUUCUGAUCAAGAAGAGCUACGACAGAACAAGGAGAAUAAAGCGCAGGAACUGGAAGUUGAAGGAGCUGCACAGAGACAGAGAAGGCGUGGACACGGAUGAUGAAAGGCAAUACCAGGACUUCUUGGAGGAUCUUGAGGAAGACGAGUCCUUGCGUAAAAACGUCAACAUCUUCAGAGAUGUCUCCAAGGUUCCUGUGGAAAGCGACACUGAUGAUGAGGGAAUACCCAGGAUCUCGCUGGCGGAGAUGAUGGAAGACCUGAACCUUAACGACGCCACCGGAGGAGACGGGGCGGACAUGAUGACUAAUUAGAUUAGCAUGAUAAAUGCUCAGGGGGAAAAACACCAGCAGUGAGCCACAAACGAGGUGGCGGUUCAGGGGGUAGAUCAUGUCGGUUUGUUUACCUUUGUGCUUCAACACACCUCCUGAAAGGCUAGAUAAUAAGUGUACAACGUACCAGGAAACACAACAAUCAUGUAGUGCAGGAUUCCCUCCGGAUUGCAAUAUCAGUCAUGUUCCUGUACAAUUCACGGUUUGUUCUGAUCAAAUAAAAGGAAAACAGUUUCCUAUGAUACAGUAAUUAUUAUUAUAUUAUAAUUAUCUAAUGAUAUUGAAAUAUUAACUCAAAUGUUCUGGCGAAGGAUUGUGUGUGAUGUGGUGAUUAAAUACUUCACCAUAACAAACAAA